AUGCAUGUUCUUUUCUCUAAUAACUCCAAGAGAAUCACAUUCCCUGAGCCCUUUCAGUCACAUAGAAGAAGAGUGUUUUCAUGGUUCACUUUAGGUGUUGCUGCUUCUCUUGUUUUGUUGUCUCUCUUCUUUCUCAGUAACUCCCUCAAAGUUGAAGUCUUUGUGCCACCACUUCACACUGAUGGUGCAAACUCUUCCUUUGUUUCUUGCCCCUUCAACGCUAACCACUCUUCUUCCUCUGAGAACAACGCAUCUGUGAAGAGAGUUGAAGAAGGAAGUGCUGUUGUGAACAGAACUCAUGAAGUGCAUGUGUCAGGUAAUGGAUCAGAGGGUAACAUGCAUGUUAUUGUUAAACCUGAGGAGAAUAAUAUUUUUGAGAAUUCUAGUUUCAGUUAUAAUUUGGUUGGGAUAAAGAAUGUAACUUUCGCUCACAAUGAAACCCACCAAGAGGAGAAAAAGAAAGUUGGGUUGCAUGAGAAGUGUGACAUUUUUGAAGGAAAGUGGGUAAGAGAUUAUUCCAAGCCAUACUAUUCUUUGGGCUCUUGUCCCUUCAUUGAUAGAGAUUUUGAUUGUCACCGUAAUGAGAGACCCGAUGCUGAAUAUGUUAAAUGGAAGUGGCAACCAAAUGGUUGCCAAAUUCCAAGUUUGAAUGCAACUGAUUUUCUGGAGAGGUUGAGAGGACAGAGGUUGGUUUUCGUGGGGGAUUCACUCAACAGGAACAUGUGGGAGUCACUUGUGUGCAUUCUCAGUCAAAGCAUUAGGAACAAGAAACGUGUUUUUGAAAUUUCGGGGAGAAGAGAAUUUAAGAAGAAAGGUGUAUAUUCUUUUAGAUUUGAGGAUUAUAAUUGUUCGGUGGAUUUUGUUGUUUCCCCAUUCAUAGUUCAAGAGUCAACUUUCAAGGAGAAAAAUGGGUCGUUUGAGACAUUAAGAUUGGAUUUGAUGGACCGGACUACAACCAAGUAUCGCGAUGCUAAUAUCAUAGUCUUCAAUACGGGUCACUGGUGGACCCAUGAUAAAACAUCAAAAGGAGAAAAUUAUUAUCAAGAAGGAAACCAUGUAUACCCGCGACUAGAGGUUCUGGAUGCAUAUAAGAGGGCUUUGACCACUUGGGCUAAGUGGGUUGACCGAAAAAUUGAUGCCAAUCAAACUCAGGUUUUAUUCAGAGGAUACUCGGCUACCCAUUUCUGGGGUGGGCAAUGGAAUUCAGGAGGACAGUGCCACAGAGAAACUGAGCCAAUAUUUAAUGAAAGUUACUUACAAAAGUAUCCUUCAAAAAUGUGGGCACUGGAACAUGUCAUCCAACAUAUGAAAACCCCAGUAAUAUAUAUGAAUGUAACUAGGCUUACAGAUUUCAGAAAAGAUGGGCAUCCUUCAGUAUUCAGAAAGGAAUAUACGACAUCAAUUCUUCAGAAUACUACUGCAUUAUACGAAGAUUGCAGCCAUUGGUGCUUGCCUGGGGUACCAGAUACUUGGAAUGAGUUGCUCUAUGUUUCUCUCUUAAAAUAUGGAAAGGGAACUUGGAAAAGAUGA